GCCUUCUUUGUACUUUAGCCUUGGGCAUAUCAAUCCCAUAUACCCACCGAACCACCACCCCAUCGACUGUCGUUAUACAUCCACGUCUUCAUUCACUUCGGCAAUGAACUAUCCCGGCUACCCGAGUGGAGCCAAUCCCGACUACUCCCCGCCGCAGGAGAUGCUCUCCUACCCCGAUCAAUUCGGGGGCGGCUACCUCGCAGACAACUACACCACAUCGCCCGAAUACUCGCUCGACUCCUUCUUCGACCAAGCCAUCGCCCCGGGCGACAUGUCCUCGGCCUUCCCCAAGGAGCAACCGCCAUUCAACCCCACAAUGCCCGUCGCUGGCAUGUCCGCGCCCAGCACCACCCCGAGCAACAGAACCAGCUCGUACCCCCCCUCGCGACACCCCUCGGAUGCCGUCCCGUUUGGUAAGCCCGAACACCUCUCGUUCGGCUUCUCGCUCGCGGGCUCCCCGCGCCAGGAAGCCAGCCAACCCGCGUCGACCCCCCCUUCGCUCAGCGCCUCGCCCCCGGCCCACCAGCCACCCACCCCUGACUCGGCCCCUGACACGGCCCCAGACUCCCCCCCGCCCCCGCGCGCCCGCAAGCGCGGCCGUCCGCGCCUCGACCGCGCGGGCUCCAGCCCCGCCUCGCCGCACUCCAAGGCCCAGAAGACCGGCCGCCUGCCCCACAACCAGGUCGAGCGCAAGUACCGCGAGGGCCUCAACGCCGAGCUCGAGAGGCUGCGCCGCGCGGUCCCGUCGCUGCCCCAGAGCGGCGAGGCGGGCGCCAUGGGCCAGCCGAAACCCAGCAAGGCGAUGGUGCUGGCCAGUGCGAUUGAGUAUAUCCGCCGGCUGGAGGCGGAGCGGGAUGCGCUGAAGGCGGAUAAUGCGCGGCUGCGGGGGGCGGGCGGGGGACGCACGUGGAAGGUGGAGGACGAGUCGCUGCAGGAGUUUCUGACGGAUCCGUGAAGCGCUUUGAUGGGUACUAGACACUGGAGUUUCGGCGCGCAGGGUUAUUAUUGUUUGGCGUGCGGAGUUUGGGCUGGGCGGGGUGACUCCACUUUAUCAAGUGCUGAUGCUGGCGGAGGGGGGGGGGGGAACGCAACGAGAACGUGUGUAUUACAGGUGUUGGGUGGAGCGGCUACGAUACCCGGCUUGGGAGCCACGCAAAGCGAUGCAAUGCUAGACCGAGCAGUUUAGCAGUUCACGAGACAUUGCGUUUGACACCACGUUGCGGCUCACUGAAUCGUUGCUCU